UGGGAGGUGAGUGAUGUCUUCCUAGAUGCUCGUGUCUAAGCUCCUGACUCUCAGAACAUUCUGGAACACAAAAACAGGCAUCUGGCUGCAUCUGAUUUCAUGAGCAUAUGGCAGGGGGAUGAGAUUGCAUGGGGCCUCCAGGGGAAGGGUCAGCAGAGAAGGGGUCUGAGAGAGGGUGGCAGAGCCCACAGUGCACCCUGAGGUCCAUCGCAAACUGGAGCAGGGGCCAGGAGGGCUGUGGUAAAACGGAGCAUUGUUUCUCCAAGAGCCAAGCUGCCACGUGAGACUUCUCUCCAGGAUCAGAGUGAAAGGAAUCUCCCCACCACCAAGUAGGGCAGGAGAAGUGACACGGAGACCAGGAGACGUGAGGUACCUGGCUGUCAGAGAAGAGUCCCCUCCACAUGACUGCCGUGGACUUUGGCCCCAUAGGCAGUGGCACUGUGAUGACUGAGCCAAGCCGCUUCCACCCGCCCGGGGGUCUGAGGAUAGUCAGGAAGUGUUGAGCUCCUGACAUUGAGCAAGGACAGGUUAUUGGGCCUGAAGACUGCCACACAGGGACCUGUGUUCAAGGGUUAUGGUUUAGAAGUUCCCCUAGGACUUCUGGUCCCUGCUAAGACUGUGUGCCUCUGCACCCUACUCUGUGCCUCAGAGUGACAGCAGCAUUCACUCUGUCUGGGACCAUGGCAGUGGCACUACUAGAGGACUGGUGUGGCAUCAUGGGCAGGCAUUCUCAGAAGUCACUGAUGGUGACAGGCAUCCUGGUGGACUGUGGGGAGGCCAAGACCCAGGCCAUCCUGCAGGAGGCCUGGAAGGGCAUGGGCCGGUACAGACUGCUUGGAAAGGUCUUCCGGAAGCAGGAGAAUGCCAGCGCUGUCUUGCUAGAGCUCCUGGAAGAUCCUGAUGUCUCAGGGAUCCCCAGCGAGGUACAGGGAAAGGGGGGUAUCUGGAAAGUGAUCUUCAAGACCCCUAACCAGGACGCUGGAUUUCUCGAGAAAGAGGGACAGGCAGUCUCAGGUAUGUUCCAAGCCCUUGGGCAUGAGGGAGUGUCUCCAGCUGCUGUAUCCUGCAUCUACCCAGAGCUCUUUGCCUAUUUGUUGGGACAGGCAAUGGCACAUGCCCCUCAGCCCUUGAAGUACCGGAAGCUGAGAGUCUUUUCUGGGAGCACCGCGCCCACCACAGAGGAGGAGCCCUUUGAGGUCUGCUUGGAAAGGGCCACUGAGAUAGUCAAAGAAUGGCCUGACACAGAGGCUGAAAAGAAGAGGUGGCUGAUGGAGAGCCUGCGGGGCCCCCUGGACCUCGUGCAGCAGGCCGACAACCCAGCCAUCGGCGUGGAAGACUGUCUGGAGGCCUUUAAACAGGUGCUCGGGAGCAUGGAGAGCUGCAGAUCCUCCCAGGUGAGGUACCUGAAGACCUGUCAGGAGGAAGGGGAGAAGGUCUCGGCCUAUGUGCUGCAGGUAGAACCCCUGCUCCAGAGAGCGGUGGAGAAGCAGGCCAUCCCCAGGAAUAUCGCCAACCAGGUCCGCCUGGAGCAGAUCAUGGCCAGGGCCAGCCUCAGCAGGGUCCUCUAGUGUCGCCUGGAGUUGAAGGACCAGGGAUGGCCACCCAGCUUCCUGGAGUUGAGGAAGGUGAUACGGGAAGAAGAGGAGGAAGAGGCCUCCUUUGAAAAUGAGAAUAUCAGGGAGCCACAGAAAGGAGGUGGCUGUGCUCACUGGGAUACUGAGAGAGAAGAUUGAAGGCCAGCUAGGAGUGGCCUCCCCCAGCCAGCAGACUGAGGACCCUCGCUUGAUUAGGCUAAGACUUUUACAGAAUUAUUUUCUCCUUUAAUGUACAGGGUUGAAAUCAAGGGAUUUGAGCCAAAUCUUGCUUUUUUUUUUUUUUUUAGGGGGGGAAAAUAUCUGGCGUUUUUAAACCCUAAGUAGACUGCUAAUAAAUAAAACAUUAGGGCCAGGGAUUUAGCUCAGUGGUUCCGCUGCCUGCCUCAAAAGCACAAG